AAGAUAAAAAGGAGGGCUCUUUUCGACUCGUUCCCUCCAUUGUCUUCUUGCCCUGUCUCCAUCUUCAUUGACCAUAUGGCAGCUUGAAAGAAACGACUUUUUUGCCAUGUCUUUCUCAUCAGUGUGCAUGACUCUUUAAUCCUCUAUUCUCCCCUUUUGGCAUUUCUGAAAAAGUUCAUCUUUUUCAGAAACUCUUACAUCCAAGUGGGUUUUCCCUAAUUUGAACCAUGGAAGUUCACUGUGAUCUUGAAGUCGACGUCAAUGGAGAAGAGAUUUUCAUGGUGGAUAAGAAAAUUCUUGCAUCGUUCUCAGGUAAAUUUAGGAAACUGUUCAGUAGCAUGCUGGGCAGCAGUGCAGAGAACCUUAAGGUGAUAUUUCAUGAAUUUCCCGGAGGCGCUGAGGGUUUUGAGCUCAUUGCAAGGUUCUGCUACAACAAUGGCAGAGUUGAGAUAACUCCCUCAAAUCUAGUCCUACUAAACUGUGCUGUGCAGUUUAUGGAAAUCGAGAGUAACAGCUCUUCACCGAGCAUGGUAGACCAAACAGUAAAGUCUCUUGAAGGUAUCAGCAUGUGGACUUGGUCUGAGCUACUUGUAGCUUUGAAAGAGUGUCAAGAUUUACUUCCUGCUUCAAGUUCAUUAAUACUUGAGACAGUUUUGGAUUGUGUGGUAGGAAGGCUUGCCUUACCUGUUACUACAAGCCCUUGUACAUUUUCCUCAGACAACUCCAGUUUCCAGGGUUCGUGUGAUACAAGGAGCAGCUAUAGUGUGAGAAACAACUAUUCUCAAGUGUGUUGGUGGUUUGAAGACUUGUUGUUUUUGAAUAUUGAUUUGAUUGAAAAGGGGACUAAGAUGAUGGUAUCACAUAAUCUCGAUAAUGCUACAAUUAGCAAGUUCCUCUUAUAUUAUCAAAAAUCGAGAUUUCUUAGUGCCACACCAGCUGAGAAGUGCAAAAUGACUGAGGUCAUAAUCUGCCUGCUUUCUUUGCUUGAUGGAAGCUCUCUCUCUUGCAAGGUCUUAUUUGGUAUUUUUCAUGUGGCAUCAAGCUUGAACAUAAGCAUACAUCACAAAAGAAAGUUGGAGAAUCUAAUUGGUUCGCAUCUAGAUCAAGCAACAAUUGAUCAUCUGCUCAUUCCAUCUCUGCAUGGGAAGCAUUAUAUGUAUGAUGUGAAUUUGGUUCUGAGGCUGGUGAAAGCAUUUAGACUUCAAGGAAGUUGUUGGUUAUCCUCAACUCGAUUAAGAAAAGUUGCCAGAUUGGUAGACUCAUACCUUCUGGAAGUGGCAGCCGAUACUCAUCUGAAACCUUCCAAGUUUGCAGCGUUGGUCAUGCUGCUACCUGAUUCUGCAAGAGAGUCUCAUGACGGGCUCUGUCAUGCCAUGGACAUGUACCUUGAGGUCCAUGCUAGCUUAUGUGAAGAAGAGAAGAUUAGAAUCUGUAGUGCACUAAACUAUGAGAAGCUCUCAAGAGAUUCAUUGAAACACCUAGCUCUAAACUCCAAGUUCCCAUCUAGAAUAUCUGUUCAAGCUUUCAUCAAUCAGCAAUCCAAGCCCAAAAACUUAUUCCAGGACAGAAACCUCCUCAAAAUCCCUAGCUGUUCCCUUUCUGCUAAUGAAAGUAUGGAUUGGAAAGAAGAUGUAGAACAAAUCCUUCUUUAUGCAAAAAGAGUCAACUUUUCAAGGAAAAAUGAGAAACUUGAAGCAAAUUUGCAAGGAAUGCAAUGGAGGGCAACAGAGCUUGAGAAGUUCUGUGGGACAAUGCAGACCCAGAUAGGAAAUAUCACAAGAACAAGGCUGUCUAGUUUAGGCUACAAUGCCAGAUUCUUACCAAAACUCUGUUCUUGAAAUUAUGCUAUUGCCUCUAAUAUUUUUUUGCUUUUCCUCACCAUCUCUUUCUUGUAUAGUAUGAAGUUCAGUUGAUGUAAAUUCAAUAUAUUUUUGUUCAACUAAGUUUGAGUGAUCUCCAAAGUUGAAUGUUUGUAAUUGUAAUAUAAUGACAAUAUUAUUUGAACUUACAUUAGCCAAAUCGAGGCAAUGUGACUGUAUGAAUAAUUGAAUAUCCAUGUC